ACCCCCAGCCCCACAGCUGGAGAGUGACACAGGAGAGAUCAGGAACCUGCCUCACGGUCUCCCAGAGUUUCACCCCCAUGGUGCAGGACGACGGGGCCCAGGUGAGGUGCAGCUUCCACCACGAAGCCAAAGGGAUCCGAGAGCAGCGAGAAUCCAGGGAGAUCCGGCCGUGGGCCCAGCUGCAGGUGUCCGAGAUCCAGGUGUUACCGGAGUGGGAGCCCCGGGAUGAGGUGCCAUUUGCCAUACAGAUCCAGAACUUUUACCCCAGGAGGAUUCACCAGAUCCAGUGGCGCUGUGAUGGGAAAGCUUGGGAAAAGUGUGAGCCAACAGACUACAGGCAGAACCCGGAUCUCACGUUCAGUGCUACCAGCGUCUGGAGACUCCCCAGUGACCAAAUCACCUGUCCGGAAUUUACAGUCACCGUGUCCGUUCAGCAAACCCCUCAAAGCCCCCCAAUCAAGAGAGAGAUCAGAGCCAAGGACAUAGGUCUCCUGCGGCCCCCGGAGGUGUCGGAAAUCUCCCAACCCGAGUCAGUGAUGGCGGGGGAGGAAAUCACCCUGAGCUGCCGCGUGGUGGGCCAUUUCCUCGAGGUGCUGAGUGUGACCUGGUUCAGGAAGCAGAUAUCACCUACAAGCUCUCGAUUUGAGGAACAGGGCAAGAGAGUCAUCCUGGUUCCUCUAGAAAACUCUCCCGUGUACAGAAUCGAGCCCAGAGCUCCCUGCCUGCAGGAUGGGAAAAGCUUCCAGCAAGAGAUGAGACUCAGCUUCACCCCCCCUCGGUGCAGAGAGACCAGGGGGCAGAGCUUCUUUGACUGUCUGGUGCCACAUCUGAGUUCGCUGGUGACUGGAGCAGUCUGGCUCAUUUGUGUGUGCCGGGAAGUGGGUUUGCGUAAUGCCUGCAGGCAGAGGGGUUGUGACCUCGACACACUGAUUGACCCCCACCGGCAGGGCAGUUAUGGCUUCCACCCACCCCUGACCCCCCUCCCAAGUAACAGCAGCACCCCUGAGGCUGUGUGUAUUGCAGAAGUUGUUCAGGGGAGCUCUCGCUGGGUGAGGGGAGGGUCUGGCAGAGGCUGCUGGGGACAAGGGGCCAGGUCAGAAAAGAUGGUGACAGUGGGCGUGUGUCAGAUCUCCAGGUGCUGUAACUAUGACAUGCAAUUUCCACAUGUUCUAGUUCUACAGGCUCCAGUUCUUCAUGAAAUCUCCUGGCCGCAGGUUGUGGUCUCCAGGGAGCAGGUUACACUGAGCUGCCAAAUAUCCAGGUUCUACCCCAAGGCGCUGAGCAUAACCUGGCACCGACGGGGAAGAGGAGAGCCGGCGUUCUGAUACUUAGACAACCCGGACACCCAUAAGAUUGUCACCCCAGACCCCACAGCUGCGCCAGAUGGGAAAUCCUACAGUGUAAUGUCCCAGCUCCGCUUCACCCCCUUGGUGCCCAAGGACAACGGGGCAGAGUACCUGUGUUCCGUGGAACAUCAAACCCUACAGAAGCCUGAAGGAAAAUCCACUGGGCCACUGGAGCUCCGAGCCCGGCCGCAGGUGUCUGGGAUCCAGGUGUUACCGCACUGGGAACCCCGGGAUGAGGUGCCAUUUGCCAUCCAGAUCCAGAACUUUUACCCCAGGGAGAUUCACCGGAUCCAGUGGAGCUGGGACAGGGCAGAGAGCGGGAGAGAUGAGACCCCAGAAAUCAGCCAGAACCCGGAUCUCACAUUCAGUGCUACCAGCAUCUGGAGAAUCUCCAGCCAGGGACUGAACUGUCCAGAGCUCAGAAUCCGAGUGUCCGUUCAACAAAGCCCCGGGGAGUCCCCGAUCGAGAGAGAGAUCAGAGCCGGGGACACAGGUCUCCUGCGGCCCCCGGAGGUGUUGGAAAUCUCCCAACCUGAGUCAGUGACGGUGGGGGAGGAAAUCACCCUGAGCUGCCGCAUGGCGGGGCAUUUCCCUAGGAUGCUCUGUGUGACCUGGCUCAGGAGGGACAGGGGGGCUGGGGCGGCUGUUCGUAUACUGAACUCUGCCCAGUACAGAAUCGAGCCCGGAGCUUCCCGCACACAGGACGGGAAAAGCUUUCAGCAGGAGACGAGACUCAGCUUCACCCCCUCGGUGCAGAGAGACCAGGGGGCAGAGUACAUCUGCCGGGUGGGACACGUCAUCCUACUACGGAUCCCAGUGUAGAGACGCAGCAGGGAGCUGCAGGUCACAG